GGCUUAUGGCAUGUCCCAGCUCCCAGGCUAGCUCUCAUUCAUGCUGGCAACCUCAUCCACGCAAGCAACCUCUGAUCGGCGUCAGCUCGUCGCCCCACACCACACUCGCACACGCAACGAAGCUCCACGAUCCAGCGCAGCAUCUUUCGCGCCAGCUAGAUUAGCUCGAUCGCUCAGCUCAGCUAGAUCGUCUCGCCGGCAGCCCGGAUGGUGGAGCAGGAGGCCGCCUUCGCCGUCGCCAGCGUCCUGGCCGUGGUCACCGUGGCCGCCCUGCUGCGCGCGUGCUCCCGCCGCGCCGCGCCCGCGCCUCCGCGCCGGAGGGAGGAGGAGGCGCGCGCUCGCCGCCGCGGCGCGGUCGCGGCGGACGCCGCCUUCUUCGCGGGCGGCGUGGCGGACGUCGAGGCGGGGCUCGACGACGCCGCGCUCAGGGCGCUGCCCAAGGUGAUCUACGGCGACGAGGAAGCCGGGAAGGCGAAGGCAGCGUGCUGCGCGGUGUGCCUGGGCGAGUACGCCGGCGGCGACGUGCUCCGGGUGCUGCCUCAGUGCGCGCACGCUUUCCACCAGCGCUGCGUCGACCGGUGGCUGCGGCUGCACCCGACGUGCCCCGUCUGCCGCUCGCCGCCGGCGACCAGCCCCACCACGGCAGCAGCGCCGGCCGCGCCGACGCAGCCCUGAUUACGACGCUGUAAAAUGUAAAGUAGAAGCAUGGUAGCAUAUGAAAUGGAAAAGGAGCCACCUCAAAGAUUCAGCAGAAA